AUGGCGGCAUCUCAUAUUCUUAGUGCUGUGGAACCUACGGUUGGGGGAGGCGGUACACGAGGUGGGCGUGAACGGGAAGUCAACGUUGCCCUUGAUGACCGGGACCUGUGGGUUCGAUUUCAGACGCUCACCAAUGAAAUGAUUGUUACUAAAAAUGGCCGACGAAUGUUUCCUGUAGUAAAAGUUACGGCUAGCGGAUUGGACCCUACGGCCAUGUAUACCGUUCUACUUGAAUUUGUACAAGUUGAUAGCCAUCGGUGGAAAUAUGUUAAUGGAGAGUGGGUUCCCGGUGGAAAGGCGGAAGUGCCACCCUCUAACGCAAUAUACAUACAUCCUGAGAGUCCCAACUUUGGUGCGCAUUGGAUGAAGGAGCCGAUAUCGUUUGCUAAAGUGAAACUCACGAAUAAAACCAAUGGAAAUGGCCAGAUAAUGCUGAAUUCCCUUCACAAAUACGAGCCCAGGGUCCACCUAGUAAAAGUCGGCACAGAUCUCCGUCGAAUUAUGACAUAUCCAUUUCCUGAAACGCAAUUUAUCGCCGUAACUGCGUAUCAGAAUGAGGAAGUGACGUCACUGAAAAUUAAAUACAAUCCAUUUGCAAAAGCAUUCCUGGACGCAAAAGAGAGGCCUGAGGGAUAUUACCAAAGGGACUUUGUUGGUUCUCACUACCCUCAACAAAGCUCUUCGCCUCAUCAGUACCCACAAUUUGGAGGCUGGUUUGUGACAUCACAGCCAUUGUAUGGAAGCGGAAAUUCAGCGUCUAGGAGGCCUGCACCAUAUCCGCCACGCCCUCCUUCGCGGCCGCGAACUUUGUCGCCUCCCUCUACCUACAGCACCGCAGAGCGAUCACCAGUCGCUACAAAUAGCAGUUACACCUGGGCUGGAAGUAGCAGUUACUGGAACUCGCAAGGGAACAGUUCACCUCAACCCAAUACCUCCCCAGUUCCCUAUAGAACUCCCCCACACGCAUACCCUGCCCCUAUAGAGUAUUCUGCCCCCACGACAACGGCACCUGCGUCAGCUCCCGCCCCCCUCUACCCGCUACAGUAUGAUGCGCCAAGUCAGCAUCAUUCACCAUACUACCAACAUGCCUACGCUCCAUACGCUCAUCACGCUAUUGAAGAUAUUUCGUAUUGGCCGAAUAGUUUGAACAGCUACGGAUACCAACCGUCUGAAUACGUGGGUACCGGAGAAGUAGCGAGGAACGAACUACCCCCCCAAGGCACUGAACAUCAGAGUGGCGACCGAGAAUAUAAAUAUAAUACUGAAGAAGAUCGGCAUUCGCCUUGUGAAAAUACAACUUUACCCUCGCGUUCGCCACCCCAAUGA